AAAAAAAAAAUUAUUGCUGGGAUUAUGGAGAACAGCCAAUAACCAUAAAGAGCAGGCUGUGAUGCUAAAAUUUUUGUCAAACAAUUUUGAUGAGCCAAAAUGGAAGACUGCAGCUUUGAAGAAUGCAUAUGUAUUAUUGGGAAAACAAAGAUAUGAAUACGCAGCUGCAUUCUUUCUUCUUGGUGAUAAAUUAAAGGAUGCAGCAAAUGUGUGUUUAAAAUAUUUAGAUGAUUUUCAAUUAGCUAUUGCUAUUUGCAGAGUUUAUGAAGGUGAUGAAGGAUCCACCUUGAAAAGUAUACUUGAAAAUCAUGUUAUUCCUUUAGCUGUGAAGACAGGAGAUCGUUGGUUAGCUAGCAUGGCGUUCUGGAUAUUGAACCAAAGAGAUCGGGCUGUUAAAGCUAUUAUGGUACCUUUAGAAACCUUGUGCGACACCUCUAUGAAACAACAAACCUCUUCGUCAACAAACUCCAUGAUAUCUACAGAAUCGCCGGACGCCGCACUAAUAGUUCUUUAUAAACAACUUAAAGAAAAAUCUGUUCAAACACUUCGCGGUGCAUCUGAAAUUUCUUCAGAAACCGAAUAUUGUUUUGUAUUACGCAGCAUUUUUGCAUAUGAUAGAAUGGGAUGUCCUCUGCUGGCUUUACAUCUUGCUAAAACGUGGUUAUUUGCACCAGAAUCAAUGUCAAAAAAUCCUCACCACAUAUUAAGAUCUCGACGCAGAACAACAAUACUUGAUAUUCCGUUACUAGACAAUGACAUUAGAAUAUCAAGUGGUGUUGUAAAUUUUAAUAAUUGGAGUUGGGAAACUGACGCAGACGUGGCUUCCUCUCCAGUCUCACCUAGAUCAAGUAGUAAAUUUUUGUUUGAUGACGAUAAUGCGAAUAACUUAUUAGUUGAUGAUCCACAGACAAAUCUUCGCUCUGAUAGUGCGUCCAAUGGUACUGAUAUGUGGGGUUGGAAUGCUUAUAAAAAUAAUUCUUCAAGUAAUUUAAGCGGUAGUUACACUGAAAAAG